AUGGACAACAGAUCGGUGAAGACAGAAGGCCUUCUGUGCUCCUGCUUUUCCAUGGACACCGGCGACCAAUCUGAUCUCUGCUUUCCACAGCAGGCCAACACUUCCUGCAGGAAGCCCUCAUCUGAUCGGUCUGAAGGUGUUCUUUUCAGUGUCCUGCUGUCCGCUGAAUGCGUCCUCACUGUGCUGCUCAACCUGCUCGUCAUCAUCUCUAUCUCCCACUUCAGGCAACUCCAUACCCCCACCAACCUCCUCCUCCUCUCCCUCGCCUUUUCUGACUUUCUGGUGGGCUUGGUGGGAGUACCAGGUUCAGUCUACAUGAGGAUAUCCUGCUGGUUUCUCGGUGACAUUGCCUGUUCUCUGUGGAGUUACACGACUUUCGUGGCAGCAUCCUCCUCGGUCGGAAACAUGGUCUUUAUAUCGGCUGACCGAUACGUGGCUAUAUGUGAUCCUCUGCAUUAUAAUGUCAAAGUCACUGUGAAAAGAAUUCAACUUUGUGUUUGUCUUUCUUGGGUGGCAGCUCUUCUCCACUGUGGCAUCAUUUUAAACGAUCACUUAAGUCAUCCUAGAAUGUACAACUCAUGCCACGGACAAUGCGUCAUCGGUUUUGAGGUUUACGCAGGCAUUCUGGACCUCGUUGUAAACUUUGUCCUUCCUCUCAGCAUCAUCAUCACACUGUACAUGAGAGUGUUUGUGGUCGCAGUUUCUCAGGCACGAGCCAUGCGCUCUCAUGUUAAAUGUGUCAAAUUACAACAUUCUGCCCCUUUCAGAGCAAAGUCAUCCGAGUUGAAGGCAGCCAGGACUAUCGGUGUUCUCGUUUUGGUCUUUCUGGUGUGUUUCUGUCCGUAUUAUAUUGUCAGUCUGAUGGCUGAUAAUGACAAAUUUGGUUCCGGGAAGAAAUUUGUUAUUUAUUUGUAUGAUGUCAACUCGUGUGUGAACCCCUUAAUAUACGCCCUAUUUUACCCCUGGUUUAGAAAAGCUGUCAAGCACAUUGUCACUCUUCGCAUUCUGCAGCCUUCCUCCCGUGAGGCCAACAUACUGUAG